AAGCCGAUAUAUUUGACAAUUUCAAAUAAGAACAAGCACGCAGAAACAGAAGAGUGAAAACAAAACACAUGUAGAGAAAAAAAAGCAGCAGCGAGCAAAGAAAUUUGGUGAGCGAUUUUGUUAUCGCGUCAAGCAUUAAUCAUAUCUUAAGUCUCUGGUUAGUAGUAGACUUGAAACGGAGCAACAGUAACACCACAUUAUAAUUCGUUGGCAGAACACAAACACAUCGAGUCGAAAUAAAAAGUUCUAAGGAAAAAAUUUGUCGUGUGUGUGUCAGCACCGCAGUUUUAUCGAAUUUAUUGAUUACGUGGAAAGCGCAAAGUAAACUUGGAUAAUAAAAUAAGUUUUAAUGAUAGAACACUUGGUUUGAUCGAGUCGUUGGAUGCAGUCUUGGAAAAGAGCUUCCGUGGAACCAUUAAUCAACACGUAACCAAUAGUCGACCAACACGACCAACGGACACGUCAGGCUCAAUUUGGAAUCAUUUUUGUGAUAACAAUCGGCAACGUAUUUAUAAAAAAAACUAGGUUUAUUGUGGUUUAAUUGGUCAUAGCAGCGACAUUAUUCGGUCAACAUGAGCAGGAACAUGAAUAUCGUUUUAAUUUGUGUGGAAUUGAUUUGUCUUGUGAAAUUAUCGUAUGCAUACGAGGUGAUUUAUGCUGUGAAUUCGGGUGGUGGUGCUUUUACCGAUUCGCACGGCACUUUCUAUGACGCAGAUCCACUGGAAGGAAAAACUGGAACAGCAUCCGAUUUCGGUAAACAAUUGAGUAUCGGACGAGUGCCCGAAGAAGAUGAACUAUUAUAUCAAACAGAACGAUAUCAUGUCGAUUCAUUCCACUAUGACAUUCCCAUACCCAGUGAUGGUGAAUAUACGUUGGUGCUAAAAUUUUCCGAAGUUUACUUCAACAGUGUGGAUAAAAAAGUGUUUGACGUGGUUUUAAAUUCGGCGCAUACAAUUGUCAAAAAAUUGGACAUAUUCAAGCAGGUUGGCAAAGGUGUUGCUCACGACGAAGUCAUCUAUUUCACCGUAUUGCGGGGAAUGUUACGGUAUGAACGAGGCGAAUCCAGAGUACGGAAUGGUCAAGCACGACUUGAAUUUGUCAAAAUGAAUGGUUUCGAUAAUCCAAAGGUCAAUGCAAUCAUUCUCUUCAAAGGACACAAUCGCAAAGACUUAGACCAAAUUCCACGAAUACAGUCCAUCGAAGAGUACUAUGAUCAAGGUGUAAAAGACAAAAUGGAUGCGUACGAACCGGAUGAGGAUACAAUUCGAAAUAUUCGCGAUGAAGUGCAACAAGAAGCGCCGAAGAUACGUAAAACCAGCGGACCAAAGCAACAAAAUCCAUACGCACUCGACGACUCAUCGACCAUGCUGCCGAUUUUCAUUGCGAUUGGCGCUUUUGUUCCACUCUUAUUUUGCCUAUGCAAAAUGUGAUCGAAUCAUCACAAUUGCGCCAAUCGUAAUAACCAUAAGCCAAGUGUUAUUCAUCAGCACAAAACAAAAGCCAUAUUUUUUGGUGAUUUUACUAGCUAAAUAUUAUAUGAUUAUGUACGCAAUUCGGAAUUCUUUAACAAAGAGGAAAAAAAAACGCGCGAGUGCAUUGAAUUCGAUUCGGAGUAUGAAAUAAGUAUUCUAGGAAAGAAUAAAAACAACAACAGCCGCACAUGCAAUGUUUCAAAUCUUCCUGUGUUUAUAUUCACUCACAAAUUUAUUAUUAUUAGAUAAAUUUUGACGACACAAGCAAACGAGACAAAAACAAAUGUGAACGAAUAUAUAUAUAUAUAUAUAUAUAUAUAUAUGUUAAUGUGGCGAGUGCUGUUUCUAAUGAGUUAUUGUGACCGACUGAUUUCACAAUUAUUAUUAACUUGUUCUAUUUUUAGUUAUAUAUAUAUGUAAAAUGAGAGAAAAAAAUGAACAAAUUGUAUUCAGUUUUUUUUUCAACAGCCUCACAUCGUGUGAAAAUGGAAUAGAAUUAAUUCUACAAUGAUUUAACAACUAUAUAAGAAGAACAACACAAAAAAAAAAUUUGGGUGAAGGGACAAGGGAGUUUAUUUUUAAUUAUAUAUAUUUCCAUGCAAUCUCGUGCAAUCUCAUUCUCUCUAUUACCUUUUUUUCUUAAAAUUUCACAUCAGCAUUUUGUUUCUCCAUCGCAAAAUGUGCAAAUGUUUAUUCCACAUUGAACUUACUUUUUAACUUUGUGAUCUGUAUUUUUUAAAAUCAAUGUCGCUUAUCAUAUAAAUGCAUAUGUACUUAAGCGAGCGAAUUGAGUGCUUCUCAGAAUAUGAUUAAGCCCAAAAAAAAAUUGUAUCACGUAUCUACAAUCUACGCAUAGACGUGUAUGUGUAACUUAGUUAAAUAUAAAACAAUUGAUUUGUUGAUAAAGACAAUUGAAUUUAAAUCAAUUCUUUUCCGUGUGUUGUAUUGAUGUAAGCGUAAGGAAUCUCCAUGGUCCAACUAUGACAAACAAAUAAAAUUGCAAAAUUGAAAAUGAACAAAA